AAUUGCAAAGUAGACUCUAAAGGCAAUUUCCUCUGGGUGUAGUUGAUACACGUCUAGAGUAUAGGUGGCUUCAAAUAUAUGGUGCAUCUGCGCUACAAAUUUGCUUGUAUGGGUGUGGAGGCAUGGUGCUUCCCUCCAGCUUUCUGCAAGAAUGCCAACUCUCUCGUUCAAAACAGUUUAACUCCACUGUUUUAUUAAUCUUGCGAGCAAGAGUGAUUUACACAGCUCGUGGAAUCAAUUCAUCCAAUCCACACGCAAUUAAUGUUGAAAACCCUAGCUUUGAAGUUGAAAAACCCUCAACCCUAUCUUUCAGACAACGCCACAAGGAAGCAUUGUUAAGAAGCCUUCUCACCGCCCGAAGAAAACCACCAUUCUUGGAGUGUGCUCUGCAGAUAUGUAAAGUCCUCAACCGUGGCCCAUGGUCUCCACACCUUCAAAAUGAGCUUGAACAGUUAAAUAUAGACUUAAAUCCAUACACUGUAAAUCAGGUCUUGAAAAUACAGAACAAUGCGGACAUGGCCUUUGAGUUUUUUGCGUGGGCCAAGUCACGAAAUGCAUAUAAACACGAUUAUUUUACUUACAUGAGCAUUGUUGAAAUCCUAGUCCAUGGGCGUCGCUUUGAUUUAUUGUCUCAGGUCUUGGAAGACAUGGAUAGUGUGGGAUUUCAGAUGCACAGGUCCCUUUUCACGAUUGUUAUUGACGGCUAUGUCCGAGCCGGGUUUUUAGAAAAAGCCAUUGAGAUUUUCCAUUGGAUGUUUAGCUCAGAUUGUGUGAAAUUUGGCAUUGAUUAUAGUCAUUUCAUUGACCUUGUCGUCCGGAGUGGCCGCCUGGAGCUGGCCAAGAGGAUUUACUUGCAAAUGGUGGAUCAUGGAUUUUUAUUGAUUGAUUCUACUUAUUCCAGUUUUAUCCGUGCACUCUGUGAAGUAAAUGAUAUAGGGUUCGCUUGCGAGCUUUAUGCCUACAUGUCCAGGCGAGGGCAUGGAAUGAGCAUGUAUGCGUAUAAUAUAUUUAUUCAUCGUCUGUGUAAGGAAAAGAGAUUGGACAAGGCGCUCGAAAUUUUGGAUAAAAUGGGAGAGAAUGGAUGCAAACCCGAUGUUGUAACUUACACUACGAUAAUUGAUGGGCUGUGCAAGGCCGGCCGAGUGAAGGGCGCAAGCCAGGUUUGGAAUAAAAUGGCGGAACAGGGAUGUCCGCCGGAUGCAAUAGCCUGUGGAGCAUUAAUACACGGUCUUUGCGGUUUAGGAAAAAUUGAUACGGCCUAUAAUUUGUUUAUGAUAAUGAGCAAGAAUAUAGCUUUCGACAGCUGUGUAUAUAAUGCCCUAAUCGGAGGGUUUUGUAAAGCCGGCAAAGGAUCCAAAGCACAGAUUAUUGCAGCCUUUAUGGAGAGGAAUGGCUGCUCUCCUGAUGUGGUCACUUACAAUACUUUGAUCAACUAUCACUGCAAAGAGGGGAAGUUGUAUGAAGCCGAGAGGCUGAUUCGUAAGAUGAUGGAUAAGGGCAUUGCUCCUAACAGCUAUAGUUACAACGAGCUAAUUGAUGGCUUGUGCAGGGUUGGCAAGUCGUAUAAAGCCUCUAGGCUUCUUUUUCAAACGAUGGAGGCAGCUGGUUUAAGCAAUGUUGUUUCUUACAACACGCUUAUUAAUGGGCUUUGCAAGCUUAGAAGAACUGGCACAGCUUAUAAGCUGGUAAAAAGUGAAAUGGCGCAGAAAGGUAUUGUUCCAGAUAUUGUUACCUACACUACACUGGUAAAUGGUUUCUUUGAGGAAGGUAUUCCUGACCUUGCAGAGGAGCUUUUCCAUGAGAUGAUCAGAGAGGGUUUAACGCCUGAUGCCAUUUCAUAUACUGUUGUGAUUGAUCACUUAUGUAGGUUGGACAGGGUUGAUCAGGCUCGUGAUUUGUUUAUUGAUAUGGUGACAGAGGGCUGUUGUCCUGAUGUAGUUUCCUACAAUUCUUUGAUCUAUGGGUUCUGCAAGACAUUUAGAGCAACUGAGGCUGUUGAACUUUUUGAACAAAUGGUGAAGAAUGGUUGCAAUCCUGAUGAGCAUACCUAUAGCCUGCUCAUCAGUGGUCUAUGCCGAGAAGGGAACUGGAACAUAGCUUGUAAACUCUGGGAAGAAAUGAUGGAGAAGGGCUAUCCGCUGGACACAAGCACCCGGAAAAUUCUGGCGGAUGCUGUUCGAAAGAGAAACAUGCUUGGAGGAAACAAAAUCAAAGUUCUGAGAAGGACCUAAGUUGCAAUGCAGAGAGAAUAUUAUUCCAUCAGUCUUAGAUUCCAAGCCAACAAUAUUUCAGAGGCAAUGGGCUUUCUGACAUGCAUCGGAUUACAGAAGAUCCAUGGCCAUGUUUUGCAACACAUGCUUUGAUAGUACAAUCAAUCAGGCAGAGUUGCCCUUGUGUUUAUGCUGGGCUUAUGUUUGAGAAAGAGUUUGCCAGGUUGAUUGCCUUCUUGAAGUGGAUGGCUGGACGUGUGGUUUUUGCAUCAGAUCUGUGAUGCUUGUAUCCAAAGGCAAUUUGAAUACAAGGGUAGUAAUCAGACCAAGCAAAGUGGUUUAUCUUUUCGCAGCUCCAAAAUCUGUUUCUGGUAUCUGCAAUUGGCUGCACAAGCAAUGGGGACCAUUUCUUUUCAGGAAAGGGAAAAUGAUUUAAGCAUAAACACCUCUGGGUUGGAUUUGCUGGUUCCCAAGGUAAAUUAACAUCUCUUCUGACUUUGCAGUUUUCAAAACUUUGCACCUUUCACGAAGAAUAUUAUGAAGCACAUUUGCAUAUGGGGCUGCACAUGUACUACUUGAUGAAACCGAAUCAUUAACAACACUUCAUCUUCCACAUCCCGCAAGGACCAAGGAAACUGAAACGAUUAGAUAUGAACAGCCUCUGCAACUGUUUGUUCUUAUAAACAAAAUGUAAUUAUAUUUUACCCUCUUCUCCUUGAUUCUUGAGGAAAGAAGACUGAGAAAUAGGUGCAAAGGCAAUUAAAUAUUAUUUAUGCAAAACAUUCUCAAUUUUAAGCAAUUCGUCUGAGGAUUUGACCCAUGGGAAUAACACAGCUUGGUCUCUGUUUCCAGCAGUAUACUCCAUGUAUCAUAACUUGUUCAUGAUGAAUACAAGAGCUUUAUUUUA